UUUGCAAUUCCAAGAUCUCUUAGUUCAUUCAUAUCAUAAUAGCAGAAGAAGAAACCGAACUUCUACACAGAGAUUGAGAUGGGUUGCAGAAACAGAAACAGAGAAUCGUUGACAGAGGAACACACUUGUUCAUCUGCUUCUUCUGGUUCGUCACUGAGUGAGGCCUUGCUUUUCACCACUAUGUGCAUCGUUGGUCUCCCUGUUCAUGUUCACGUUAAGGAUGGCUCUGUUUAUUCUGGAAUCUUCCACACUGCCUCUGUUGACACCGAUUAUGGUAUUGUUUUGAAGAAAGCAAGGAUGAGCAAGAAGGGAAAGGGCAACACCAACGUUGGAAAUGAGGGCAUGGUAGAUACGCUGGUGAUUUUGUCAGGUGAUCUUGUGCAAGUUGUCGCAAAGGGAGUAAUGCUUCCUUCAGAUGGCAUUAGUGGAAACAUAACUGGUCAUGAUGAGGAAGCAAUUGUUCAUAAUGUUUGUUCCGAGAGUCUAACAUGUGAGGUAGAUAAUCAUACCCGGUCUUUGAUGGAUGCAAAACAAACUAAUCAAUCAAGACAAGCUGGAGAUGACGAAUCAAAAGAAAAAGCCAACAACUGUGAACAGAAGUCUGAGUUUGCUAAUGAAAAAAUUGAUGAAAAGAUUCAAAGCCUUGAUUCAAGCCAUGAAACUGAUACAUGUCAUUGUCAAGAGGAUGCUAUUGAGCAUGGAAACACUGAUAGCACAUCAAGUCCUUAUGAUAAUGGAUUAUUCUGCAACAGUGCUCCUUCAUCUGUUAAAGUUGAUGAUCAGCAUACUGAAAGGUUUACUUUAGCAGACUCUCCCUCUAAAAAUUCAACCCAAGGUAUGGUGGAUCUCAUCUCAGAUUCACGUAAGUUGCCAGCAAGGUCUGUUGAAAUAUCAGCUCCAAGGGGUACAGAUUCUACCAGAAAUGCUAAGGAAUUUAAGCUCAAUCCAGCAGCCAAAAUUUUCUCUCCAUCUUUUGUAAAUCCUAUUUCGGCAAGUUCUGCUGCAAACAUGGUAUACGUACCAAAUAGCUCUCCUUUGGCACCUGUUGCUACUAUCCAACCAGAAGUUGGAUUCAAUACUUUUACUUCUCGGCCCUCUACCCCUGUAAAGGUUGCACAGUAUAGUAAUUUGACAGUGGGAAAUGGUGGCAGUGGCAUUCAAUUUUCACAACCUAUUGUUGGACAACUGGCACAUAGGAGCCAACCUCUUCGGUAUGCUACACAUUAUACUCCUGUUUUGUCUGAACCUACUUAUUUGCAGCCAAGCUCUACUGCUGUUAUGGUUGGACGUUCCCCCCAGUUAGUCUAUGUUCAGCCAGUUUCCCAUGAUUUGAUUCAUGGAGCAACAGCUAUCUCACCAGUCUCAGGAGCUCGCCCUAUGCUGAAUCAUGUACAAUUUCCAAAGCAGCAUGGAGGAACAAUUGGUCAAGCAAUGCCAGUUUGUGUGCCCCCACCUGUCCUAACAAGUGGACAACAACCCUUUGCACUUCAAAGCCACAUUCCACUUCUGCAACCUGGCUUUCCUGUGCCUCGACCUAUUUCUGUCCCUGGACCAAAUGGUUUCUAUGGCACCAAGUUUUAGUGAAAUUUUCAUUCAGAUUCUGGUGUUGAUAUCCCUUUCUCUAAGUUAAGGCUCAUUUUUCUUUUUCUUUUUCUAUUAGAUUUUUCUAUAAAAAAUUUUGUCUCCUCUUAUUUGUGAGAAGUGUACAGUAGAAUUUAGCUGUCAGAAUUAUUAGAUAUUUGGAGGUCCUAAUUUUAAGAUAAGGUUCAAUUAGUAUUUUUGGAGUUGGGGAAAGAUUUUUCCUUUAAAGAUUGAUAUUGUAUGUUUGGCAAUUGAACUUGAAUGAGUCCGUUAUUAACACGAUAACACUAUAUUAAGCAAUUGAAUAUAGAUUUCACAAUUGAUUAUUUGUU